UUAAAGCAUCUUUCUGUAACUACAAUUUGAAUUUGCAGUGCUAGCUGUAUGUUAGUGAGGGAUAUAUAUGGGUAAUGAUGCAUUCCUAGUCUUAUUUGUUCUGCUUCUACUCCUCAGAGCAUGCUUCUCCGUUAAUGUAGAUGAUACCCUUUCGAAAGGUCAGUCCCUUUCAGUGAUGAAUACCGACAUCAUCUUCUCCCAAGGUGGCAACUUUGAACUCGGAUUCUUCAAACGAGGAAUUCCUUCAAAAAUCUACUUGGGGAUAUGGUGUAAACGGUUCCACAGCGAGAGGAUUGUUUGGGUAGCGAAUAGAGAAAACCAUUUGUCUGACCCUUAUACUGCAAGACUCGAAUUCUCAGAGGAUGGAAAUCUCGUCCUUCUUGAAGCUUCCUCUAAGAAACCAUUUUGGUCCACAAAUUUGCAGAAUCUUCCCUCAAAUUCAACUGAAGCAGCACUUCUUGAUGAUGGAAAUUUUGUUUUACGAGAUAGAUCGGACCUUUCUACUAUAUUUUGGGAGAGUUUCGACCACCCAACUGAUACAGCCCUGCCAGGUGUAAAGCUUGGGAUCGAUAAAGCUGGCAAAGUACCGAAGCAACUUAUUUCAUGGAAAACUUCAGAAGAUCCAUCACCGGGUCUGUUCUCGUACAGGCUAGACCCAAAUGGAAGAAGUGAAUAUAUCUUGGAGUGGAACAGGUCCCAAGUUUAUUGGAAUACUGGAGUUUGGAAUGGAAAAACUUUUGGCAAUACUCCUGAGAUGAGGACGAAUACGAUAUUUCACUACAAUUUCGUGUCAAAUGAAAAUGAAACCUAUCUUAUUUACUCUCUUUAUAAUACUUCUCUCAGGACAUUAUUUUUUAUUAAUUCUACCGGACAGUUCCAGCAACUUGCAUGGCUGUCCUUCGUUGAGUCGCCGUUUAUUCGAGGUUGGGCUCGACCAGAAUCAUUAUCUGAUGUCUAUGCUUUGUGUGGUCCAUUUGGCAUAUAUCGUGAUAAUACAUCUAAUCCUUGUGACUGUCCAGAAGGUUUUGAACCAUUUUCAGAUAUCGAGACCAGACUAAACGAUUGGUCCGGUGGUUGUUUGAGGAAACACCCUUUGCAAUGUGAAAAUCGUAAUGCCAAAAAAGAUUGGUUCUUGAAAAUAUCAAGCAUGAAAUUGCCUGUUAACUCAAAUGCAUAUUUGGCAGUGAGUGCUCAGAGAUGUGAAUUAGCUUGCAUCAGUAAUUGUUCUUGCACAGCUUAUGCUCAUAACAGCAGCAGGUGUAUGAUAUGGGAAGGAGCUCUUUUGAACUUGCAGCGAGCCUCGGAUGGUGGUGAGGCUGGACAAGAUAUAUAUCUCAGACUUUCUGCUGAUGGCAACACAUUAGUACCAAAGGCAGGAUGA